GGAAGUAAAGACAUACGUAAGACCAGGCCGUAUGGUCGUAAGACUAUAGCCUGUCCUCUAAGGAUAAAUUUAAAAAAAUGUGUCAACUGUCAAAUUAUAUCCAAUUCCGUCACUCGUGUUUAUCCGUAUCCGAUUUUUUUCUAAGUAUUCUGUCUAUAUCUGUAUGUUUUUGAAUUAAAACAUUGCACUUGAUUUAUCAAGUCACCAUUAAAGGCAUACGAAGAAUAUCAACAUGGAGACCAAAACAACAAAAAUGCCUAAAGUAGCUAAGGUGAAAAACAAAGCACCAGCAGAAAUCCAAAUUACUGCUGAGCAAUUGCUUCGGGAAGCGAAAGAAAGAGAUUUGGAAAUAUUACCGCCGCCGCCAAAACAGAAGAUCUCAGAUCCGGAAGAGCUAAGAGAUUAUCAACACCGCAAGAGAAAGGCUUUUGAGGAUAAUAUUCGAAAAAAUCGUAUGGUAAUAGGUAACUGGCUUAAAUAUGCUCAGUGGGAAGAAUCACAGAAGCAAGUUCAGAGGGCUCGUUCAAUUUAUGAAAGAGCAUUGGAUGUGGACCAUAGAAAUGUUACCCUUUGGUUGAAAUAUACUGAAAUGGAAAUGCGAAAUAGACAAGUCAAUCAUGCCAGAAACUUAUGGGACAGGGCUGUCACAAUUUUACCAAGGGUGUCCCAAUUUUGGUAUAAGUACACAUACAUGGAAGAAAUGUUGGAAAAUGUAGCAGGGGCAAGACAGGUAUUUGAACGUUGGAUGGAAUGGCAACCAGAUGAACAAGCAUGGCAAACAUAUAUCAACUUUGAAUUAAGGUACAAAGAAUUAGAAAGAGCUCGUCAAAUAUAUGAAAGGUUUGUCAUGGUUCACCCAGAUGUUAAAAACUGGAUAAAAUAUGCAAGAUUUGAAGAGAACCAUGGCUUUAUAAAUGGAGCAAGAAAAGUAUAUGAAAGAGCAGUGGAGUUCUUUGGUGAUGAAGAUCUUGAUGAGAGACUGUUUAUUGCCUUUGCAAAGUUUGAAGAAAAUCAAAAGGAGCAUGACAGGGCAAGGGUGAUUUACAAAUAUGCUCUAGACCAUAUAUCAAAAGAUAAAAAUAAAGAACUUUAUAAAGCAUACACCAUUCAUGAAAAGAAAUAUGGUGACCGAUCUGGUAUAGAAGAUGUUAUUGUUAACAAGAGGAAAUACAUGUAUGAACAAGAAGUUAUAGAAAAUCCCACAAACUAUGAUGCUUGGUUUGAUUAUAUAAGACUUGUAGAAAAUGAAGGAAAUGUAGAUGACAUACGAGACACAUAUGAGAGAGCUAUAGCCAAUGUGCCUCCAUCAAAAGAUAAGCAAUUCUGGAGAAGGUACAUUUAUUUAUGGAUCAAUUAUGCAUUAUAUGAGGAAUUAGAAGUAGAAGACAUAGAACGCACCAGACAAGUAUACAGGACAUGUCUAGAACUGAUUCCACACAAAAUAUUUACAUUCUCUAAAAUAUGGCUGAUGUAUGCCCAAUUUGAAGUCAGAUGCAAAGAUUUGAAACAAGCAAGAAAGACUUUGGGAAUGGCGUUAGGCAUAUGUCCUAGAGAUAAGCUUUACAGGGGUUACAUUGACUUAGAAAUACAACUAAGGGAAUUUGAUAGGUGCAGAAUACUGUAUCAGAAAUUUUUAGAGUAUGGACCUGAAAACUGCGUUACAUGGAUCAAGUUUGCAGAAUUGGAAACACUACUUGGUGAUACUGAUAGAGCCAGAGCUAUUUAUGAAAUUGCUGUAAAUCAAUCUAGAUUGGAUAUGCCUGAGCUUUUAUGGAAAAGCUACAUCGACUUUGAAGUAUCACAGGGAGAAACAGAAAAAGCUAGACAACUUUAUGAAAGACUUUUAGAAAGAACAGUGCAUGUUAAAGUAUGGUUGUCAUAUGCAAAAUUUGAGCUCAAUGCUGAAAAUGAGGACAAUAUUAAUGUAGAUCUUGCAAGGCGUGUUUACGAAAGAGCCAAUGACAGUCUUAGAAGUGCUGGUGAAAAAGAAGCAAGGGUUCUUCUCUUGGAAGCAUGGAAAGAAUUUGAAAAUGAGAUAGGUGAUGAAAUAAAACUAGAAAAGGUCUUGGCCAAAAUGCCUAGGAGAGUUAAAAAGAGACAAAAGAUCAUUAGUGAGGGGGGUGUUGAGGAAGGUUGGGAAGAAGUGUUUGACUACAUAUUCCCUGAAGAUGAGAUGGUUAAACCCAAUCUUAAAUUGCUGGCAGCUGCUAAGCAAUGGCGUAAACAAAAACAGGCAACACAAAGCCCUCAAGAAGAAAAUCAAGAGCAUAAUGAAGAACAUGAAACACAAACUCCUCAGAAUCAUGAAGACAGUUCUAGCAGUGAGGAUGGCAAUGAGGAAAAUGAAAAACAAUAGACAAUGCUGUUUGUACAAAUUUUAUUUGUAUAUCUUAAUCCACAUCUUCAGGCCUAACUGGAUGUGACAAUGGUAUAACAGAUUUUUUUGUAACAUCUCUUGAACAAGCCUUUCUCAUAUCUGUAAAAAAAAUAUAAUAAUUAUUUAAGUAUAAUUGUCAUUAAACAUUA